CAGUACGUCCAGUUGUAAGUCAAGUGCUCCAAAAACUCAGACAACGAGCGCCAAAGGAUCGCAUGAGCAGCUGGAAUUUCCUUUGUUAUUGACUAGACGUAUACGUAUCUCCUGGCGUGCACUGGAUAAUGGUUAGGCGGCGUACUCCACAAAGAAACGAAUUGUGCGCUGCCGAACUGAAUGGUAAUAAAAGUACGUCUUUUAAUCUCAGCGGACGUGCGAAGGGGGAAUGAAGAAGAAUGAGUCAUUUCACUCACUUUGGAGAGUUUUUGUUGGUUUGGUUUGGCAUAUUGGCAAGUAAUGCUCUUUACGGAAAUGGAACUGUUACCUGUCCUAGUGGGCGGAACUUAACAACAUCAGAGGGGAUUUUGAUGAGUCCAGGCUACAAUGAAACACACUAUCCCGACAGUGCCGUUUGCAUCUGGGUGAUAACCGCUCCACUAGACUGGCAAGUGAAGCUGAUUAUCAAAUUCGUUGACCUCGAGUAUUGCAAUAUGUGCAGUUGUGACUAUGUUGAAGUCAGAGAUGGAACAGAAGCCAGUGGCCCUCUUGUUGGCAGAUAUUGUGAAGCUGAAAGGACCACUGUUUAUUCCGAAGGACGGCACAUGUGGGUCAAAUUCAAAUCAGACAUUGCUAAUGAGGGACGGGGAUUCCUCGCGAAUUUCACUUUCAUCAAAUUACGAAAGAAGAAACCAGUUAUUCUGAAAGCAAAUAGAACGUCUCAAUUCAUCACUAGUUCAAAGAAUCCAACCGUGUGUGGCUCCGAGAGGCAAUGUACGUGGGUCAUUUCCGCUCCUGAGGGUUUCCAAGUGCAGCUCACAACGGAAUCAUUUGUCUUUCUCUCUUGCCAUGGAUCUUACGUUGAGAUCAAAGAUGGUCCCACUUGUUCAAGUCCAAUGAUUGGAAAAUUCUGUGGAAAUGAGAAGCCUCCGCUUGAGAUUUGCUCUUUGGGAAAUAGUUUGUGGAUAUCAUUCAAAUACAACUCUACCAGAGAUUUGGAAAUGAAUCGAUUCGAGCUUAUGUACAGAGCAACACAGGCUAAUAUUAGGCCACAAAGAAAGUUUUUCGACGAACCCGUCAUUAACUCUGAUCACUGGAAAAGUAUGGCAGUUGGAAUCGCCUGCACAAGUUUCUUUCUCUUCGUGAUAUUAGUGGCGUGCUUCCUUAAGAUAGCAAGCAGCCGCCGCUUUGCUGGAUUAGAGCGAACAACGUCGCAAAUCGAACUAAAUCCAACAGAGUCCUCCAUUGUGGAAUCUAAUUUUUCUAACGACAUGACUGAAUCUCUUCUUGAAUGAAAACCACAGCAACAUUUAGAUAGUAACUAUCUACAUAUAUACCCUAAAUAGAUACUACAUAGAGUUAAAAAAUAUCAAUUUAACAUACAUACUCCAUCAAUUCGGGGAAGACAUUUGGCACCUGACUCUUCUUAUGGGAAAAUUUUUAGUUCUAACAAGAUAAGUUAUUGUAAUUUGUAAGUGCUAAGUAAGUGUAUGUACCGUAAUUAGUAAAUGAGUUGACGAUUGCCAGUAAAAAUUAUUUUAAUAAGUAGUCAUAAAGCUAAUUUAGAGGGAGCAUUGCAAGCAGAAUUCCAUUGUAUGUGUAAAAUGUGGUGUAAAAAGGUGAAGUCUGUGCUCAAGUCUCCUGGCCCUUCCAACUGAGCUCUUCUAGCCGGAACUUAAUCCAGUUUCCACAGCAUUCAGCGUUUAUACUCCUAAAGGUAUUGUGAGAGUACAGUGCUUUGCUCAGGAACACAACACAUUCACCCACUUAGGUCCCGAACCCGAACUUCUCCACCCGUAGUUCACAGCACUGACCAGUAAGCCACUGCGCCUCCCACCAAAACUUGGUGCGAGCAGUGUAUUUUAUCAUUUGACCUGUUCGGCCCUGCUUGCACAAUCCCAUAGAAAACCAUAGUGAAAACAUGACCUCAAGGCAAAUAUUUUCCCUUCCAGCAUUCCUACUCUGUCAAUGAGUACAUAAUAAGUAGCCCGAGUAAUGCAAUUGUUACGAUAGGACCAUUCUAUAUCACGUUUUGUAAAUUAAAACUAUUAGCAUUAUUUUUGUAAUUUCUGUAUUGUAUGUAGUCAAGAGAAAACAUACAGACCUUUGUAUUAUUUUGGCUUGCAGUAGUUGCCUGUAAUCAGGUGAUCGUAAGUAGUGUUCAGGGAAUGGUUCAUCGAUAGUGUAUCGCAGGGUUCCCCAUUUUUAAUACAUGUAGAAUGAAUAAAAAAAUCAGAAAGUUUGCAUCUGAUAAUUAAA